AUGAACGAAAAUACUGACACUGACUCACAAAUAAUUAUCUUAGAUGUUGGCGGCAUUAAGUAUAAAACUUUUCGCUCAACUCUAACCGCUUAUCCAAACUCUUUGCUUGGCACAAUGUUUGCGGAUCGAAAUCAGCAACUUCUGAAACCAAUAAAUGGUAACGAAUAUUUUUUCGAUCGUAACGGCCGUGCGUUUCACUACGUCAUGGAGUACUACAGGACCGGAAAACUUUGUUUCCCGUCGUCAUGCGAUAACAAAACAACUGAAUUCUGGGUAACAAAAGAAGAGGUUGAGAUUGAACUCGAUUAUUUUCUCAUGAAUAAGACAUUUGAUCAGCAAUAUAAGGAAGUUCAGUUAACUAUAGCUGAGUAUCUUAACAAAUUUAUUACCUUUUUGGAACAACUUAUAUUGAACGAAAUGAGAUCGAUUGAAACUACUCAAAUAUUUUUUAAAGUAUAUGAUACAGUAAUAGCGAUAAAAAAUAGAAAUGAAUCUUUUCCUUAUGGAUCAAAAAUUGCGUUUAACUUGACGAACCAAUUCCAAACUGAAAUUAGGCAACAUUUGCAAAAUAGAUUUCCGGGAUCAAAUGUUUCUUUGCAAUUGACAACUAAUUAUAGUGUUCCAUGUUGCGACUUUACAAUAACUCUUAAAUAUAAUAAAGAAUUUAUUUUGAGUCAUUCCAAUUUAAAG